AUGGGCCGCCCGGGAGGCCGUUUCGCGCCACGUGGUCCGCCACGUGGCGGUCCGUCGCUGCCCUUCUCCUUGCAGCAGCAGCUUCAAGAGCCCGAUGAUGACGAUGAUGACGUGGCGCUUUCUGACGACGAGUGCAGGGUUUCGGGUUUACCGCGCAAGAAGGGUUUAUCGCGGAAAGAGCAGCGACGGCAGCAGCGGCAGGAGAAGCAGCAGAAGCGACAGGAAUGGGCGCAGCAGCGCGUGGGGGGACGGAAGGCGGGGAGCGCAGGGGAAAACGCGGGGGGCGCGGAAGCAGGCACAUGGGGCGGGAAGGGAGCAGAUGGAGCAGGAAAAGGGGGUCAGGCGCAGGCGAAGGGGGAAAGCCAUGGCGGGGGGAAGGUUCAAGCGGAGGGAGCAGGUGCCCGGGGGAGAGAGGGCCAGGGGAAGGGGUCGGGCGGAAAGCAGAGUGCAACGAAAGAGGCGGGUCGGAUGGGACAAAGCGGCACUGUAGCAGCGGGAAAGAGCGGAACGGCCGCUGUUGGAGGAAAGAGAAAAGCGGCGGAGGUGGCAAGUGGAGAGGGGAUAGAGAUGUUGGCGGGUGCUGUGGGGAAGGGCACGGGGACAGGAGCGCGAGAGGCGGCAAGGGGUGGAAAGACAGAGGGGGUGCAAGCAGGGACGAAAGAAGAUAAGAGCAAAGGGAAGAAUGUAGGAAAGGAGGGGAAGAGAGAGGGAAAGAGUGGGGAGGAGAGAGAGGGGAAGAAGAGGAAAAUGACGAACUUUGAGAGGCUGUUAGAGAUGGAAGAGAAUGGAGGGAUGACUGUGAGAGAGGAGGAGGAGGAGGAAAGGAUGCUCGCCAAGAAGCUGAAUGUGAAGGGCGGGGUUUUGCCAGGGUCUAAGGACGGUUUGGAAGGGUUUCUAGGGUUUGGGGGGAGUGAUGAGGAGGAUGGAUGGGGUGGGAUGGGAGGAGGUUUAGGGGAUUCGGAAGAUGAGGAGGAGGAUGAGGAAGGGGAGGGUUCAGAAGGGUUUAGUGGGGAGAAUUAUAGUGAGGAUGGGAUGGAGGAUGGAGAGGAGGAGGGCGAGGAAGGGGAGGAAGAAGAGGAGGGAGAGGAGGGAGAGGAGGGAGAGGAGGGAGAGGAAGGGGAGGAGGGAGAGGAAAGGGAGCAGGGAGAAAUAGAGGAGGAUGAGGAAGAGGGGUCACUGGGAUUGUUUGAAGAGGAUGGGGUGUGGUCAGAUGAUGGAAGCGAGGAGGGAGAAGAGGGGGAGGAAGGAGAGGAACUAGGAGAGGAAGAGGAGGGAGAGGAGUGGGAAGAGGAGGGAGAGGAGGGUGGAGAAGCAGCAGCGGAAGGAAUGAAGCGCAUGAGUGCGCUGGCGAAUCAGAAAGUAGGCGAGGGGGGCAAGUACGUACCGCCUCAUUUGAGACAAGCGGCGGCAGCAGGAGGAGCAGGGGACGAGGACGAUGCUGCAGAGAGGCAGCGGGUGAUCCGACGGCUAAAAGGCCUUCUGAAUCGCCUCUCAGAGUCCAACGUGGAUGCAAUCAGCGCUGACGUCAGCACCCUCUUUCAGGUCAGCUCGUCGAUUCGCUUCUAG